GAAGCAGAUGUAUAAAGAGGGUCGUCUGCAGGAUCAUGCAGAGCACAGACACAUGGCGGCCCUGGUGGAGAGUUCCACCCAGGAAUUGAUGGAGACAGUUGAAAAGAAAGGAGAUGAUGAAAUACUGGAAUGGGAGCUGGAUGAGCUGCUGGCCUGGACCAACACUCUAAACUUCGAGGAGUAUAUGGAGGAAUGGAGACAUUUGGCCUGCAGUUACUCCUCUGAGCUGAGCAAAGAUGGCCCUUCUCACCCACCCAGGUUAGAUCCACACGAGCUCGCUGAUGAAAACGCAGCAGAACAAACAUGAUUUAUGUUAAAACUGUGCAGUCUCGAAGUGGAGUGUGCCACACUGUUAUUGUCGCAGUAUUCACUUUAAUAAAGUCUGAAACUUGCAGUUGUUUACAGUCCUUGUUAGUCUGUCAUAUAAGUAGACAUCACUGUGUGACAUUUUUUGUUAGUUUUAAAUAGUUUUUAAAAAACUAUAAACAUGUGAUGAGCGUCUUUUGAAGUGGAUUUUAAUAUUACGCUGCAGCCGAGAGAGCACUCUGGUCAAACGUCAAAAUGGUCUCUAAGUGUACACAUUAGUUUUGACUGCUAAUGAAAAUAGUUUUCGUUACAAAUAACUCUCGCACUGAACUAACAGCCAAUCCCUCAACAAGUUUGUGCUCUCUGCUCAUAUUGCCUUCAUAUUAAAUCAUUUUGUGCUUUUUAAAGAACUUAUUUUAACAUUGCACUCAACAACAAACAAAUCCUCCAUAACAACAAAAGUAACUUCAAUGGCCAAACUGCAUUAUAUUUCUUCAGGUCAAUAUACGGGCCCCAAGUAGGAGGGAGGUAAGCCGUGAGUUUGAGACCCUUGCUAAAAUGAAACGGUGGAGAGUCCCAGGUAUUUAUACACCAGAGGGAUGUGUCCCUUAAAGGAAUCCGGACACUCAUCUUUCAAAGCUCCUUAGACUAACAGGCCCUGGAUGACUGAGAACAGACAAAACUACUAUGUUUUAGGCACUGCUGGGAGUUGAACCCAGGAUCUCCUGUUUUCUAGUUUAAGACUUACUAGACAGGCACUUUAACCAACUAAGCCACAGCGCCACAUACGCACUGAUGAACACUGAGAAAACCUCCAACCGUUAAAUAGAUUUGAGCCUAAACAGAAACACAUGAAAGGCAGUCUUGUUUCUUAUAUUAAUCACCAGAGGUUGUCGCAUAAAAAGAGACAACGUGUUUAAAACUCAGGGGUUAAAAGUGGGACGGUGUUUUCGUUUUUGCUAGCUAAAGGUUCAGCUGCUGUUUUUCACAGGGAGAGAGAAGAAAGGGAGCUAACAUCACAUGGAAAUGGAGAAAGAUAAGAAAGACAGGACAGGAGAGGUGAAAGUGGUUCACAAUAGUAUCACACAGAUGUACAUAAAACAUAGGGGAGACCGGGGAUAGUUGUAACGUGGG